AUGGUGCGCCGCACGAGCCCAACUCUCCCAUUUGUUCUUCUUCUUCUUUGUUCUUCUUCUUCUUCAUGUUUGCCGAAACCCUUCGGAAACGGCGCCGCACGAAUCCUCCCCUCCCUUCUGCCAUUUCUUCUUUCUUCUUCUUUCUUCUUCUUCUUCUUCUUCCGCACGAAUCCAGUCCCUUCUCCCAUCUUUUCUUCUUCUUCUUUCUUCUUUCUUCUCCUUCUCCUUCUUGUUGUUGUUGUUGAACCUUGCGCCACCAUUCACCCACCCUCGCGUGGACCAUCGGCCUCACCUCACCCUUUCUCUCACGGUCUUCGAUUCAUGGGUUGCGCCGCCAUAUCCAUCUCCCGAAACUCACCCACCCUCGCGCGGACCGUGAGCCUCACCUCACUCUUUGUCUUCGAUUCCCAUAGUUGAACCUGCUUUCUCAGUAAACAGGCAGAGGACAGGAAAGCAGCAAAUUUGACAAGUCCCUUUCAAAUGCAUAGACUGCAGUGCAGUUGGGUUCCAUGCAUUUUUAUCAAAGGCAAAGCAUGAUCACGAGGACACGACCUCAAUACACACUUCAAGUAAAUUAUUUUUUAGGAAUAUUUUAUGAUAUUUGUUAAUAAGUGAGGUUGGUACCCUAUUCAUUUAGUCUUUAAGCAAGAAUUGUUUAUGAUGGUUAUUUGAUUUAGAUAAGCUUAGUUAGUUUAAAAUAUAUUGAUUAUCUUCAAACUACUGUGACAUAUGAAAGUGGUGAAAGUGGUGCAUAUACUGUGACAUAGGUAGUAAAGAUUUAAUUUAGAUAAGCUUAGUUUCAAAUAUAUAUUAUUUUUACUGUGACAUAGAAACAACUCAUAUACUCAUGUUAGCUAGGAAAAAGAUUCCAUAUUAGUAAUGUAUUUGGCGUGCUACACUGCCAAUAAACAGACUUCAAAGAUGUGAAAGCUCAGUUUUGCAGUUUUUCACAUUAUCCAUUGAGUAUUAGAUUAUUUUGAGUUUAUUAUUUUUCUGCUUUCCGUUAUGCAGUCCAGCACUUGUAUGUAUUUUGGUUGCAUGCUUUUUAACACUGCCAAUAAACAGACUUCAAAAGUGUGAAAGCUCAGUUUUGCAGUUUUUCACAUUAUCCAUUGAGUAUUAUAUUAUUUUGAGUUAUAUUAAUUUUCACUUUCUGUUUUCCUGUGUACUUUUUCUGCUCUGCAGGUUGAUAACAUGUGAAAGCUCGUGUAAAACAAAACUUUGUAUGCUUUGUAUCAGGAACAGAGACUUGUCAAUUGAUAUUGUCAAUUAAUGUAUUUAUGUUUCACUCAACUAACGUUGAUUUAACAGAGCACUAACGGAAAACAAGAAUUUCCGUUAGGCUCCGUUAAAUAGCCACUUAUAUAUAUAGAAGAUAUAUAUAUGCAGCAUAUAUGAAUGGUCUGCUAAUUAAUAAUUUUUUCCUGA